AUGCUCACUGCGGCUUGGCGAUCAACGAUAUUGCCCAAGCAAGUAGCCCGUACGAUUAGCGUUACACUCCAAAGAAGUAUGGCAACUGCAGCAACACAGGACCCGAGUCUGGUGAAGAAAGAUGCGCAUCCCUUUGAGCGCGCCCAGCUUGAGGGUCUGAUGACGAAGCGUUUCUUCUACACACAAGCGUUUGAAAUUUACGGCGGCGUUGCGGGUCUGUAUGACUAUGGACCUAGUGGUGCAUCACUCCAGGCCAACAUUAUUUCGCACUGGAGAAAUCACUUUAUCAUUGAAGAAGACAUGCUCGAGCUUGACACUACAAUUAUGACGCUCUCUGAUGUGCUCAAGACAUCUGGUCACGUUGACAAGUUUGCAGACUGGAUGGUCAAGGACGUCAAAUCGGGUGAUAUCUACCGUGCCGACCAUAUGAUCGAGAACGUACUCGAAGCUCGCCUAAAGGGUGAUGAAGAUGCGCGCAAAAGGGAGGCAGGCGUGCAAACAUCGUCCGAGACGGCGCCACCAGCCGAAGAUAAGAAGUCGAAGAAGAAGGCCAAGGCUGUGGCUGUCAAGCUGGAUGAUGCUGUUGCCACUGAGUACAGACACAUUCUUGCGCAGAUUGAUGAUUUUAGCGGAGAACAGCUCGCAGACCUGAUCAAAAAGUACGACAUUCGUGCCCCUGCGACAGGCAAUGAAGUAUCAGAGCCAACAGAGUUUAACUUGAUGUUUGAGAGUUCGAUCGGCCCGACUGGUCAAACCAAGGGUUAUCUUCGUCCUGAGACUGCCCAGGGCCACUUUGUCAACUUUGAGCGCUUGCUUGACUUCAACAACGGCCGCGUGCCAUUCGCAAGUGCCCAGAUUGGCAAGAGUUUCCGCAAUGAAAUUAGUCCACGUGCAGGCUUGCUUCGUGUGCGUGAGUUCACUAUGGCGGAGAUUGAACAUUUUGUUGACCCUGACAACAAGUCACACCCGCGGUUCAAGGAGGUUGCGUCGCUCGCCCUUCCCUUCCUCCCGGCGCAUGUGCAAAAGGGUGGUGAGACGACUGUGACCAAGAAAACGAUCGGUGAGGCUGUGUCGAGUGGCAUGGUUGACAACGAGACUCUUGGUUACUUCCUCGGUCGUAUCUUCUUGUUCCUCGAAGCUAUCGGAAUCAACACGGAGCGCCUUCGCUUCCGGCAGCACAUGGACAAUGAGAUGGCGCAUUAUGCUAGCGACUGUUGGGACGCUGAAAUUCACACGUCGUACGGAUGGAUCGAGUGCGUUGGUUGCGCCGACCGAAGUGCCUUUGACCUCACGAUGCACAGCCAGCGGACAAAGCGUGAUCUUAUGGUACAGGAGCCUUUGAAGGAACCGCGUGUCUACCAAAAGUAUGUGCCAACGAUCAACAAAAAGGUAUUGGGACCCUUCUUUAAGAAGAACGCCAAGGUCAUUGAGGACACCAUCAUGUCCAUGAGCCAAGAUUGCCUGCAAAAGCUGCAGAAAGGCCUCGAGGCUGGCAAAGCGACUGUCAGCGCAAAUGGCGAGACGUUCGAGGUGACCAAGGAACACGUCGAGGUAGAGUACAAGACCAUUAAGGAGAGUGUGCGCAACUUCAUUCCCAACGUGAUUGAGCCUUCUUUCGGUAUUGGCCGUAUCUUUUAUGCGCUGUUGGAGCACGCUUUCUGGGCCCGUGAAGAAGAUAAGGAACGUGGUGUGCUCAGUCUCCCUCCGCUCGUGGCUCCGUUCAAAGUGCUGAUUGUGCCCAUCAGUUCCAAUGAGCAGCUUUCGCCUAUUGCUCGCGAUAUUAGCAAGAAGCUGCGCUCUUACGGCAUUGCUUCGCGCAUUGACGACAGCAGUGCGACGAUUGGUCGUCGAUACGCACGUAAUGACGAGCUUGGAACGCCAUUCGCCUGCACGAUUGACUUUGCGUCUGUCAGCAAAGGCACAAUUACGCUGCGUGAGCGCGACACGACAUCUCAACGCAUUGGCUCCAUCGACGAGGUGCUUGACGUCAUCACCAACCUGUGCCACGGCCGUCUUGAUUGGCACGGCGCCUGCCAGAUCCUCCCUGCCUACACCGGUACCCAAGAUGUGGACGCGCAGUGA